UAUAUUGGACACGGCGGCCACCUUGCCGAGAACUGGUUCAGGAGUCGUUUCACCUAGAGGGUCUGGUCGAGUUUCAGUACAGUUCAUCUGCCGCCUAAGAAGGGAGAGGCGUCGGAUUGCACGGAACAGUUUUAGGUAACGAUUCCAAGUGGCGGACAUUACGUAGUUUUCGGGUCUUUUAUUUACAAUUAUUUCAGUGACAUUGCUAAAUCCUACGGUAACAUCUGAAAGGCAAUUGACAAAUCCAAGAUGGAAAACUGCUGGCCUCUCUCCACUCUCCUCCUGAAGAUUCUCCUGGUGGGGCAGUCCAUCGGGUUCAUCUACAUCCCUAUCCAAUACUGCUACGAUGGCCUGGGAUGCGUCGUAACGGACGAGGACUUCUACGACACCAUACGAAGACCCCUCAACCCUCCGCCCUUCACUCGUCAGCAAAUUGCUUUGAAAUACACAGUUUACACCAUAGAAGACCCGGCUGGGAAGACAUUCUCGUCUUACGAAAUGGUCGACAUUCUUGACACGCCCAUCAAUGUCGCCAGGAAGACCAAGAUUCUUGUUCACGGAUUUCUAGAUUCUGAAGGGCAAGCUUGGUAUCCAGACAUGGUCAAAGCCCUUCUGAACUACGAUGACUUCAAUGUCAUCACAGUGAACUGGAAAGGGGGAUCGAGGACCUCCUACACCCAGGCAGCAGUCAACACUCGAGUCGUGGGGAUGGAAAUCGCUCACAUGGUCAGCUGGUUGGUCCACAACGCCACUCUGGUACCCGCCGAUGUUCACAUUAUAGGUCACUCCCUAGGUGCCCAUGCUGCAGGAUAUGCAGGAGAGAGAAUUAAAGGACUGGGCAGGAUUACCGGUUUAGAUCCUGCUGAGCCUAUGUUUCAAGAUCUUCCUAUAAGAGUCCGCCUGGAUCCCUCCGAUGCAAAAUUUGUGGACGUCAUUCACACGGAUAGUGACUCCAUUUUCCUUUUAGGUCUAGGACUGGAGCAACCUUCAGGUCACCUUGACUUCUAUCCAAAUGGUGGUCGAAGUCAGCCGGGUUGUCUGCAUCCGAUCAGAGCUUCAAUUUCAGUUCUUGCACAGGGAAUUGACUUUGCCACAGGGUUGACGCCUGAACAGAAAGUAUAUGCUACCUGCAGCCACAGCCGUUCGACGCAGCUCUUUACAGACUCAAUGGUGACUAAGAACUGCACCUACGACGCCUACUACUGCAUAUCGUACGAAAAGUUCUUGGAUGAAGAAUGCAAUUACUGCGGGAAAGAUGGCACACUGUGCGCAACGAUGGGCAUCAAUGCUGACAUGUGGCCUGGCGUAAGGAUCCCCAACAGGGAGAGAGUCAAGAUGUAUCUCGUUACAGGCGGUGGUCCCAAGAACUUCUGCUUGCUGUAAAUGCCCCAUGGCAAAAAAUCCCUCAAGAAAGAUCGUUCUUGGUGUUUGCGCCAUCUCAUUAAAUCCAGCCAUUGUCUCUGGAAACUCCGUCGUGGGAAGUUAUAAUUUUAUGCAGAAAGAAUAGCCAAAGUGACUUGAGACAAUAGCGUAACUCAUUCAAAUGGACAAAACAAUGUUCAACAUUCUCUGAAGUGCAGCC